AUGUUAAUGCUCAAAAUUGAAUGUGAGUUGAGCAACACAGCUGUGGCACCAUCUGCUCGUUUCCUAGGAAAUGGAUGCAAGCAAGUGUUUGCUGUGGACCAGAAGACCUGGCGUGGUAAUUCGGGAUUUAACGCAUGGCAUGGGACUGUCGGGGAAAACAAUCGUUUCAGAAAAAUCAGAAGCUGGAGGAGAAUGUGCCACUGCAUUUCUAAAUCUUCUUUAAAUUUGUGUGCCUUUGAAGAUGAAUUCUGCUGCAAAGAACUGGAGUUCCUUUUCCAGAGUUAUAACUUAAAGUUGGAACAAAAUUCCACCUUGAAGGCCCUUAUCCUUUUAAUUAUCACGACUGCAAGUCUGGCCUUCUAUGGUUUAAUGACUGCUUCCGAUCUGACUGUUUCGAAGGGCUCUCACUUUAUACACUGUGUCAUUUUUGUCUCUCUUUUUCUUGCUACCAAUGUCAAAUAUUUACAAGUGACCCAGCUCAUACAGAAAGUUAAACUGACCUUAUUUUUCAGUUUUACAUUUUCGUUCCUGUGCUACCCAUUUUCCCUGGAUGGCUAUGAACUGGAAACGCCGACAUUAUGGGAAAAAGGUGUAUGGCAACUUAUCCUGGUGACUUUUGUCGCUUACUGCUUGCUACCCCUGAAGACUACGCUGGCUGUUUUCUUCGGACUGGUGACAUCCUUCUUACACCUUCUUGUAACUGCCACUUUGCUUACAAACAAAACGCAGAUACUGGGGAAGAAGCUCCUGGCAAAUGCUAUCCUCUUCACUAGUGUGAAUCUCUCUGGGGUGUUUGUGAGGAUUUUGACAGAGAAUACGCAAAGAAGGUCAUUCCUCUUGGCCAGACAGUAUAUUGAAGAAAGACUACAGCUAGAAGAAGAAAAUGAAAAACAGGAACGACUUUUGAUGAGUCUUUUGCCUCGUAAUGUUGCAAUGGAAAUGAAAGAAGAUUUCCUGAAGCCACCAGAAAGAAUUUUCCACAAAAUUUAUAUUCAGCGGCAUGACAAUGUCAGCAUACUCUUUGCUGAUAUUGUUGGAUUUACUAGUUUGGCAUCACAGUACACUGCACAGGAGCUGGUGAAGUUGCUAAAUGAACUUUUUGGAAAAUUUGAUGAAUUAGCUACAGAAAACCAUUGUAGAAGAAUUAAAAUCCUUGGGGAUUGUUAUUACUGUGUAUCUGGUCUCAUGCAGCCCCAAACAGACCAUGCUCGUUGUUGUGUUGAGAUGGGUCUGGAUAUGAUUGACACAAUUAUGUCUGUUGCAGAAGCCACAGAGGUUGACUUGAAUAUGAGAGUAGGGCUACACACUGGGCGAGUGCUUUGUGGAGUUCUUGGUCUCCGCAAGUGGCAGUAUGAUGUUUGGUCAAAUGAUGUGACACUUGCCAAUGUCAUGGAAACUGGAGGUUUACCUGGAAAAGUUCAUAUCACCAAAACUACUAUGGAGUAUCUAAGUGGAGACUAUGAAGUUGAACCAGCGUAUGGUCAUGAAAGAAACGAUUUUCUUAUGAAGCACAAUAUUGAAACUUUUUUCAUUGUGCCAUCCCAUCGAAGGAAGAUAUUUCCGGGCCUCAUUUUGUCGGACAUCAAACCUGCUAAAAGGAUGAAGUUUAAGACUGUGUGCUAUUUGCUCAUUCAGCUCAUGCAUUGUCGAAAAGUUUUCAGAGCUGAGAUUCCUUUUUCCUCUAGUGUCAUGACUAGUAAAGAUGAUAAGAGGAGAGCAUUAAGGAUGGCUUCAGAGAAACUACGAAAUUACUCUUCAUUUCCAGCAAAUGUAGCCCACCACACACCUGCUAACAGAGUGAACAGACAUAUCAGCCGUUUAAUAGAGGCCCGACAAACUGAAUUUGAAAUGACAGACUUCAAUUUUGUUUCACUAACUUAUAAAUACUCCACACGCGAAAAACAAUUCCACCAGAUUCAUGAUGAACAUUUCACCAGCGCUGUAAUUUUGUCACUGAUUCUUGCUUCGUUAUUUGGCAUUGUUUACCUUCUGAUCAUGCCACAGAGUACUAUAAUUCUGAUUCUCCUCAUGUUGUGCAUAUGUUUCCUAAUUACUUGCAUCAUAUACCUACAUGUGGCGCAAAUCCAGUGUUUUCCAGGAUGCCUGACAAUACAGAUUCGAACAGCGUUGUGCAUUUUGAUUGUGGUCUUAAUUUAUGCUUUUGCUCAGGGAUGUCUGGUGAUCUGCUUGCCUUGGAUAUGGAGGACAAACUUUAGCAGUUCAAUAAUAAUCAUUUCCCCUGAUGGAGUUAAUGAGACUAUGACGGAGAAGCCAUGUGACACUCCACAUUACACUUUCCUUUCCUGCAUUGUUAGCUGUCUCACACUUGCAAUAUUUUUGCGAGUUUCAUCAUUGCCAAAACUGAUCAUGGCCCUUAUCUUCAGUGUUUUACAUAUCAUCAUUCUAGAAUUUAGUGGCUAUAAGAAGCUGAUGAGGUAA